AUGAGUGAAGCCCCGAGCCAACCCAAGAAGCGGCAGAAGUACUCGUACGCCGACAAGUACGAGAUGGUGCUCUACUACGAGGCCAACGACCUCAGUAGCACUGUCGAUCGCUACUUCCCCAGCCUCGCGAGCUCGAAGCGCCAUAGCGCCAAGAAUCUCGUGCUCGACUGGGCCUCACCCAAGAACCGCGCCAAGAUCGAGGCCAAUGCGAAGAGCACCAAGACGAAGAAGAACGACGAGAUGAGCUUUAACGACAGCACGAUUGAGCUGUGA